AUCACACAUUCAGAUGUUUUUCAAUUCGGGUUUUAGCUCUAAAUUUCUUGGUUUUUGCUCUCCAGCAGCUUCUUGUUAAUUUGCCAACACUUGAAUCCUCAGCUACACACUUCAAUUCCUUCGAUGGCCUUUUUGUUUCAGAAAUUUCAAGAGGCUGUGAAGGUUCUUGCAAAAAAUCCAUUGUUUACAAAAAAUCCAUUGUUUGCAAGGGAUCCAAGGCGGCUACAAUUUGAAGCUGAUAUGAACCGUUUGUUCCUUUUCACCAGCUAUAACCGUUUGGGGAUGGAUGCUACUGAGGCUGAUGCAGAGGAGAUUAUUGACAUGGCCAGUAAAGCUUCUUUUGCUGAUCAACAAAAGCAAGUACAAGAGAACAUCCAUUCGCAGGUUAAAAGUUUUUGCAUGCAUAUGGAUGGAAUUCUUCUUCCAGAUGAACCUGCAGAAUCCCCUGAAAAAUCCAAGGAUGCUGUUCGAAAAAGUGGUCUUAGUUUUGCUGUUGGCAGAACUAGUCCGCCUACUGACAUGGCUGAUACCAUCCCAACAACAAGGCCAUUGGGACGUUCAGAACUUUCUCAGCAAUUAAAGGAUGAAAUUGGCUACACUCUUGAUAUCAAGCCAUCUCGAAUCCCUCACAAGCAUGCUGGACAAGGUCUUUUCAUAGAUGGUGAAGCUGAUGUUGGGUCUAUUAUAGCAAUAUACCCAGGCGUUGUAUAUUCCCCUGCUCAUUAUCAGUACAUUCCUGGAUAUCCAAGAGUUGAUGCUCAGAACCCUUAUCUGAUAACGAGGUAUGACGGAACUGUAAUCAAUGCCCAACCCUGGGGUUUGGGUGCUGAUACCCGCGAGGUAUGGCAUGGCUUAACUGUACCCAAUAGUAACCCAACCAAACAAGGUGACGAGAAAUCAGAUCGUCUUUGGCGAAUGCUGAGCAAACCAUUAGAAGCCAAACGAGUGCAGCAUGGUCGUGAUGCUAUAGAACGAAGAAACCCUCUAGCUUUUGCUCAUUUCGCCAACCACCCAGCUAAGGAUAUGGUUCCAAAUGUCAUGCUUUGCCCUUACGAUUUCCCCUUGACAGAGAAGGACAUGAGAGUUUAUAUUCCAAAUGUACCAGUUGCAAAUGAGGAAGUGGGCAUGAAGAGGUUUGGUAGCUUUUGGUUCAAGUCUGGACGUUCGAGAAUCAACGGAUCGGAUACUCCCAUUUUGAAAACAAUUGUUCUGGUUGCAACUCGGGCACUCUGCAAUGAAGAAGUGCUCUUAAAUUACAGACUGAGCAACUCCAAGCGUCGGCCAUCGUGGUAUACUCCUGUUGAUGAAGGGGAAGAUAGGAGGAGAUGGAGUUGACUCGUCUUGUCAAAGGUUCAACACCAUUGUUUUGAUUCUGUUGGCCAAUUCAGAUAAUCCUUUCAAUAGCACCGUAUUUUUUUUAGUGAUUUUCUCAGAAGAUGGUGAUAACUUAUGUAAGAGAAUAAGGCUGACUAAGAGUACACAUCUUAAAUCUUCGAAAACUUGUUCUGAGUUUCCAUGAGUUGAAUAGAAUUGUUUUGCAAUGAAACAUUGGUUUUCGGCUUAGAAA